AUGGGUGAUCAAGCUGCUCAAGCGAUUGAAAACUUGGAACAAGAGUCUGUUUCGAUGGAAACAUCAGAUUUAACACCCUCCAAGUCAAAAAAACUCUUUCUCAAGCUCAAGGUCUCCAAUACCUUGAAACGUUGUGGCCAGCAUAUCUGCCCCGUUUGCAGCAAAGGGUUUACUUCGGGCAAGGCUUUAGGAGGUCAUAUAAGGAUUCACAUGAAGGGCAACAAAACUGGUUGCCAUAGAAAGAUUUCAAAGCUUCAGCCAAAAAAUCUUCAUCGUGCCAAGAGCAAGAAACGGAUCUCGAAGAAUACGCUUUUACCAAAAGCUGCCGAUGGAGCGGUUGAUCUGCCCUCGAAUGAUCACGAAGGUGCUGAGAAAGUCAGUUGCUGCAUAUGCAAAAAGGAUUUCAGGUCAAUGAAAUCUUUGUUUGGGCACAUGAGGAACCAUCCUGAGAGGGGUUGGAGAGGGAUCAGGCCACCUCCUUCUGACAAAAACAGCUGCUGUUCAAGCGUAUCCGAAAACGAUGAAGCUCUAGAAGUUGAUCAGAUUAGUUGUGCAACAGAAAAAGGCUUGGUGUCAGGUUCCGAUCUGUUGAAAUCUCUUCCUAAAUGGACGAACACUGCCAAGCGAUGCGGCAAAUAUAUCUCCGAUGAGAUCCCUGAAGCUGCCUACUGCCUUAUGAAGCUAUCUCGAGGAGAAUCUUUUGAUUUGGGUCAGUCAAGUAUUGGAUACCAAAAAGAAUUUUCAUCAACAGAUAAGCUGAUGAUUGAUAAAUGUCAAUCUUCGGGCUUGACAAAUAAAGCUUCAGAGCAGAAAAAACGGAGCAAUAUUGUUCUAGGUAAGGACAUGGGUGAAGGGAAAGGAAAGGCUAGGUUGAAAACUGAGUCGGAUCAAGAGAGAACUCCUUCGGAAUAUAAACGGGAAGAUUCGUACUGGCCUGGUGAAGAAAAAAAGAUGGAGACGUCAUUAACGAAAGAGCUCCAUUGCGAUAAUUUUAUAGAUAAGAAAUCCAUGGUAAGGGAAAAUAAGCUGAAGCUGAAUUAUGCAGAUGCUACUAAAAUCGUUGAAAACAAUCGUUGUUUUGAUCAAUUUCAGAAGUUCCCGAGGAAGCCUGAUGAAGAAAAGGGUGAUCCAUCAACCGUGGAAGGUAGAUUUAGGGACAAGAUCAUCCCUAGUAGCCAAACACCUGGUUUAUACCCAAAAAACCCUAGUGGACAACUAUUUGAAGCUCCAUUGGAUGAAACAGCAUCACCAGCAGAGGGCAAACAUCUAAAAUGCAAAACAUUAUUCCCAACAGCUAGUCAGGCAGCUGAUGGAAGUCAGGUUUGUCCCCCCAAGAUGCUAGAUUUUGAUCUCAAUGAACCUUAUGCGGCUCUAGAUGGUGAGGAUACAGGAUCUAAAAUUACCUCAAUCUGA